UUGUAAGCGCAGCUCAAAUGUUCAAAUAUAAUGUAUUUUAAUAUAAUGACCGGGAGGUUGUUUUCAGGACAGAAUGCAUAUCGAUAGAUCUAAUGUAAACGUUAGAUUAAGACAUAUUCAUCAGAUCUAAUUUAACUCACCUGUAACAGAUAUUGUCAUCUGUACUUCAUUCAACAUUUCAAUUUCAUGAGAGCCCAGAAUAAAGAAAACUGUGUUUAAAAAUUCCAGGUGAAAUGGACCCUUGUUUUUAUCAUGACCAAGAAUCAUUUUGAAGUUCUUGGUUUAAAACCUGGUGUAGUUGAGGAUGAAGUUAAAAAGGCAUACAGAACUCUUGCCAAAAAAUGGCAUCCUGAUAAAAACCAGGAAGCAGGAGCAGAAGAUAAAUUCAAGGAAAUUUCCACCUCCUACGAAUAUUUAAUAAACAAAGACAGGCGGGAGAUCUUAGAGCGUGAUUUAAAAAAGCAAAAAGAACCGACUUCAAGUUACACUUACACAUUUUGGUCACAUAAUGACUACAAGUCAGAUUCUUUCAAAAAUGCAGGUUCUGGGGCUACUAAUGCUAAUAGUACUUCUGGCACUAAACCAUCAACAUUUCAAUACAAAUCUAAACGAAGUGAAACUAAAACACAAAGUAAAGAAAACACAAAACCUGGUAAAAAGAAAUCACACUGGACGGAUUCAUUUACUAGCAAAAACAAAAAUGAUAAACAUAAAGCGAAAAAACCCUCCAAUCCUAUGUAUGAUGAACCGUUUGUUGAAGAUUUAUAUGAGGAUGAAGAUUUCCUGUUUAACUAUGAUCAAGAAUUUCAUUCAAAACCGAAACACAAUCAAAAACCCAACUUUUCGUUUGCCUUUAAAUCUUUUGUUGAUCAGUUAGAUUCAGAAUUUGAUACUUUCUUCCCUGGUCAGAAUUCAUUUACCAUGGGACUGGGUUUCCCAUUAUUAAACAGUGGACAACCUGCGCCUAAACCACGUCAAAGAGAAGUAGCACAUGAGAAUGGUGAUGUGGAUGGACUGGAUGAAGAUUAUUUGUUUACACCAAGAAAGGGAAACGCACAACAUUUUGACCAAGGCCAAGCAGACACAAAGUUUAAGUGUAACUUUUGUUCAAAAAUGUUCACAGCUUCAAUGUUGAUUAAACAUGAGUUGAAAUGUGGUAAAUGGAAAGUUGAUGAUGAUGAGGAGGAGGAUGAAGAAUCAGAUUAUUAUAAUGAAUCUCAUCCUUCCUAUUUCACUACACAGAGAAAACCACACACUGAUUGGCAAGAUUCACAUAAUGAUCUAAUAAACCAAAUCAGACAAGCAAAGAAAAUCUCUAGGAGGAUGAAAGCAUCUCAUGAAAAUGAAUCUGUCUUAUGUAAAUAUUGUGGAAUUGGUUUUAAUAAGAUCGUAAUAGAUCGUCAUACAUUAUUUUGUGAGAGACGGUUUAAGCAACAACAACGUACAUUUCAAACACCAGAUGGUAGAUCUAAGUUUGAGCGAGCUAAAGAGUAUGCAAGAGAUAUACCCCAAUCUAAUCCUGAUAUUAAUCCAGAAAAUGAAGAUGUCUCAAAUGCCAAGCAGCAUGAUCAAGAAAAGUACAUGGGGAGAACUUUUUCAUCUAAUGAUAAUCCAUCAAACUCCAAAUCCAAGAUGUCAAGUUCUAAAUUUAGAAGACCUAGCUCAGGUCUCGGUGUGAAUGGGUCAGGUUUUGGUAGUAAGAAACAUGGUAACGGAUGUAGUUCUUGUUCAUUAAGGUAUGGAAACAAUGCCAAGUUCUAUUGUAGCUGUGGAACCAAGAAAUCUGCACUUUGAUGAUGUGUGAAUAUAAUAAAUAAUUUCUAACACAGGGAUUAUACUUUUUUAUACAAGAAAUAUGCAUUAUUUUUUAUGAGCAUGUUUUGUGGAUUUGGCGCUAUAUAAUAAAUGGACAUAUUAUUUAUUAUUAUUUGGAAUGUAAUAUGUGCAAAUGAACUAUUUUGCAUGCAGGAAAGACAUAUUGAAAAUUAAAGCAUUGUCUUUAUAAUAGUUUCUGUUGACAACUGCCUUUAUAUAUAAUAGUUAAUGUCAUAUUAUUUCCAUUUUUAUACACCUCACUUGGAAAUGUGGUCUUAUAUUGUCAUUGUCCCCACCCAUCUGUCAACCACAAUUGUUUAUGCUAUGGUGAACACACUAAGACUACAUUUAUCAUGUUUUUGAAAUUUAUAUAUGUUGUUUACAUUAGUGAUACAAAGAAUCCUAAUUAAAUUCAACAAUUUCCAUUAAUUACUUCUAGAGUUAUGGCCCUUGUUUCACUUUGUCGAACCUCAGUCUGUGAAUUUUUCAAAUUAGUGAAUCGAAGAGCCAUCAACAAUUUCUAGAUUUAAGGCCCUUGUUUCACUCUGUAGAACCUUAUGACAUCAGUAAAUUGAUAUCGGUAAAUGCUUCCACUACCUAAUAAAUAUGUGACAACUCUUGUUAAACUAAGGCAAUGUAGCUGCUGUGGACAUAUGUUUUGUUGCCUGGCAACCUAUCUUUAAUUCAUUUUAUAAUAACUGUUAUCACAAACGUGUAUUAUUGAUCUUGCAAUGCAAUGUGCUAUUACUAAUUAUUUAUUCAUUUAUUCAUUUAUUAUUAUUGCAAUCGUAUAUUUGUUUAUAAAUUUACUUAUUUUAUAAUAUAGAAAGAUUUUUUUUGUGUAGUUUUUUUCACUCACAUUUCAUAUCUAUUCUUAUCAUUGAACAUUUAUUUAACAUUCAUACUUUUAUUUUUUUUUGUUUUGUGUUAUAUGUUUAUUUUAAUAAUGUCUAGUAUUAUAAUGACCAGGUAAAAUUUGAAAGCUUAAUUUAAUUUUAAACUUAUGUUAAUGGAAAAUAUUUAUUUGAAAUUAUCUUCUUAACUACCGUAUAUCAUUAAGCUGGCUGAUUUGUGGUUUUUGAAGCUUAACUUGUGAAUAAAUCGGAAACUGCUAUAUUUUGGGGAUUUAGUUAUCAUUUGGAGACAAGGCAAAUUAGUAAAUUAGAGAUUUUCCUCCCUUGAAUAAUAUCUGAAAGUAGUUAUCUCAAGUGAUUGUGGUUACAUUCGAAAGUAGUUAUCUCAAGUGAUUGUCAUUAAUAACUGAAUAAAACUGAUCUAAAUUUACAAUUUACAUUACAAUAUUCAGUAUGGCUAUAUCAUUACUUCUAAUUAUCAAAUUAAUUAUUUGUAUAUCAUAUGCCUUAUCUUCUGUGUGUCUCGGAUGAGCUGAGCUUAUCUCAUCUUUAGUUACCUUACAAGACCAAAUCUCAUUUUAAUAAAAUGUAAUAGUCAAGGCAUUUCAAUCAGAAGAAGCAAAAAAUAGCAUAACUUACAUUAUAUGAUAUACAAAAUGAAAUUUAAGAUUUGCUCAGAGUUGUUUAAGAUCUGUUUUAUUUGAAAUGUAGAGAAUAUUUUUAAUGUGAUAAGAAUAAAACUGUGAUAUAACGAUAUACCUAAUGUUAUUCUUUUGUUUAUUUUCCUGUAAUAUGUUUAUUAAUUAUUGAAAAUGAUAUUUACAGAAACUACUUUUUUAUUUAUUGUUUUUGACAUGUUAUCAUAAAUUUAAAUUAUAAGCAAACAUUCUUUUUGUAAUAAAGAUACCAAUUU